GGACGAAGUAGCAAAGACAGAGUCUCUGUGUCUGAUUUUAAUUUAGGCUUCAUUACCUCACAUUUCUUGUCCAAAUUGCACCCCAAAUUCUAGUUGAAUUUCAAGAUCUACCCUCCCUUCCCUCCACUGUUCCUCUUCUGCUUUCAUUUAUGUCUUUCCUAUUCAUUUCAACACCGACAACACAAUUUCAGGGCUUCUGCUUGUGAGGCGAAGAAGAGGGGUUGUGAUGCUGGGAACGUGAUUGGAGAAUUGGGGGAGAAGAAAGGGAGGAAAUCAUACACAAUGCCUAUGUUACCCUUGAGCACGAGCUCGGAAAGGGUGCAAGAUAACGAAAGAAGGGGUAGUUCUAUGGUGUAUCUCAAUGUGUAUGAUCUUACACCUGCCAACAAUUAUCUUUACGUCUUUGGGGUUGGAAUCUUUCAUUCGGGCAUAGAAGUGUAUGGCAUGGAAUAUGGCUUUGGAGCACAUGAAUAUUCAACAAGUGGUGUAUUUGAGGUGGAACCCAGAAACUGUCCUGGCUUCAUCUUCAGACGUUCGGUAUUGUUAGGCAGCACUGAUAUGUCUUAUUCAGAAUUUACUUCUUUCAUUGAGCGCCUUUCUGCAAAAUAUCACGGUGACACUUACCAUCUGAUUGCUAAGAAUUGCAAUCAUUUUACUGAUGAAGUUUGCCAAGAGCUUACUGGAAAGCCUAUUCCUUCAUGGGUAAAUCGGCUGGCUCGUGUUGGUUCUUUCUGCAAUUGUCUUCUGCCAGAAAGCCUUCAGGUUGCUGCUGUUACACAUCUCCCUGAACACCUUACACAUUCUGACGAUGAAGGAUCAGAAACUGAUGGCCUCUCCGAGUCAGAUAGUGAAGACGAGCAUUCUACUCACCAUCUGCUAACUACAGCAAAUGGCAGCGGUGAAGUCACCAUUAUAAAAGAAAAACCAAUGAGUCUAGCGCGGGAUCACCUAUGAUAUCAUUUUCAUUUAUUACUUCCCAUUCUUAUUCUUUCUUCCUUCUGUGAUAUAGCUUACAUGUGGAAUAUAUUCCUAAGACGAUAGUCUGUUUAUGCUUCAAAAUGAAGUGGUUGUGUUGUAGAUGUUACAUUAAUUAAGGUACAAACAAAAAUGUUGAGGCAUACCGUUAAUCUGAUUGUGUGGAGUGUUUAUUUCUAAGA